CAUAUGCAUGCCCGAAAGACCCACUCACCACCACCCACUUUGUCAUGAUUUGAUUGCCAUUAACCAUUAGCCGUGGUUAGCUAGAUCUAUGAACCGCACGGACAUCACUUCACUCUAAUGGAUGGUCCCAAAUGUAAUCUGCUCUCUCUCUCUCACUGGACCUGUUCAAAUGAAUCAUAGCGAUCAAGAGCCUCUCUCUCUCUCUCUCUCUAUAGACUACUAUUUUUGGACCCCCAAGGUUUCCAAAGAGCUAACUGUCUGGUCGGCAAUAGAAAUUGGUUAGAAAUUGGUACGAGAGAAGCAUCUCUUGGUAAAAACCAAAUAUCUCUCUGCCACCAUUUAUUUAAUGGAGCUUCCAACAUGAAUUUGCAGUAGCCUCUGCAACUUCAGGACCUAACCUCAAUGUCUGCCACUUCCUUUCCUGCCUCAAUUCAAACACAAUACUCAUCUCCCCUUUAUUCGGCCCCUACGUUUUUUCUUUUUCUUUCAGCUAAUCCUCGCUUUUCUUUCAGCUAAUCCUCGCUUUUGCAACCUAACUCCUAUGAAAAGAUCAAACUCACGAGAAAUGGACCUUAACUCACUCUCCACACUAUUUAUAGCGAUUCGCAGGAGGUUUCUCCCUCCAUCCAACCAAGAAAGUUUGCCUGAAAAGCAUUUCAAUGCCGUUCCCUGGAGUGAGACCUUGCUUCAGAUGCAUUUAUACUGACGUGCCUCAGUUUGAAGGCAUUCAUUACAGUUUAUCCACUGAGCUCCUGCCUUCUCUCGGGGCAAGGAUCAAUCAAAGAAUAAAGCUCAGGAAACCCAUCAUAUCUCCUUUCAAUCCACGUUACAGAGCGUGGGAAAUUUUCCUGAUUUUUUUGGUCAUAUACUCAGCAUGGAUCUGCCCAUUUGAGUUUGCCUUCCUGAGAUACAAGCAGGAUGCUCUGUUUAUAGUCGACAACAUAGUCAAUGGAUUCUUUACCAUCGACAUCGUUCUCACCUUCUUUGUUGCAUAUUUCGAUCAUCGAUCUUACCUUCUUAUCGACAAUCCCAAAAAGAUUGCUACCAGGUACAUAUCAACUUGGUUUAUCUUUGAUGUCUGCUCCACCGUGCCCUUUCAGCCAUUCAGCCUCUUGUUCACAGAUGAUGACCCAGGAAUCGGUUUCAAAGUGCUUAACAUGCUUCGGCUGUGGCGCCUUCGAAGAGUCAGUGCCCUCUUUGCAAGGCUCGAGAAGGAUAUUCGCUUCAACUAUUUCUGGACCCGAUGCAUAAAGCUCAUUUCCGUUACUCUAUUUGCAGUCCAUUGUGCUGGGUGUUUCUACUAUCUAAUAGCUCAGAAAUACCCAGACCCCACGAGAACAUGGAUAGGUGCAGUGCGGCCAAAUUUCAAGCAAGAAAGCCUAUGGGUCAGGUAUGUUACGGCUAUGUACUGGUCCAUCACAACCCUCACAACAACAGGAUAUGGUGACCUGCACGCAGAGAAUUCUAGAGAGAUGCUCUUUGAUAUAUUCUACAUGCUAUUCAACCUCGGACUCACAGCAUAUAUCAUCGGGAACAUGACCAACCUGAUCGUCCAUGGCACCAAUCGUACCAGAAGUUUUAGGGAAACAAUCCAUACAGUGACCAACUUUGUGGCUCGUAAUCAACUGCCCCCACGCAUAGAAGAUCAGAUGUUGGCUCACAUAUGUGUCAAGUUCAAGACUGAAGAACUCAAACAGCAAGAGACCUUGAACAAUCUCCCCAAGGCUAUCCGUUCAAGCAUAGCUCAAUAUCUCUUCAUCCCUAUUACUGAAAAAGUGUAUCUCUUUCAAGGAGUUUCCCAUGACUUCCUCUUCCAACUGGUUUCAGAAAUGCAAGCUGAGUACUUCCCACCCAAAGAAGAUGUGAUACUGCAUAACGAGGCUCCCACAGAUCUUUAUAUACUUGUUUCAGGAGCUGUGGAAUUGACAGGAUAUAAGGAUGGAACUGAUCAGGUUCAUGGGAGGGCAUUCUCAGGGGAAAUGUUUGGAGAGAUUGGAGUUUUGUGCUGCAGACCACAGCCAUUCACUGUCCGGACCACUGAGCUAUCACAAAUCCUACGGCUCAACCGGACUCCACUCAUGAAUAUUAUUCAAGCAAAUGAGGAAGAAGGGAAGAUUAUCAUGAACAAUCUUUUUCAGCAUUUGACAGAGCAAGAAAAUACAUGCUCAGACAUCCUACAAACAGAUCCAGAAUGGCAUGAUGGUGGACCCCUUUCUUGCAUAAAUAGGAAAGACACUCUCGAAGGGAAUGCUUUGCUACCGGAAACAGAUGAUGUUGGGGAGUCGCUGUGCUUAGCUGCCAAAAAUGAUGACUUAAAUACAGUUGAAGAGCUCAUAGAACAUAAACCAGACGGACAACAAAGAACAGCUCAUGUUAAUUUUCUUCUAGAAAGAGGUGCAGAUACUAAUAAAGCAGAUGCUAAUAAUCAGACGCCAAAUACCCUAACAGAGAAUAGGAGGCAUAACAACACUUCCAUUCUAUGGCAACAUUAUGGAAAAAAUAAAGGUGACCCAAGUAAUCCUAGCAGAGAUUUAGUGGAGACAGAGUGUGUAAAUGACAUGAGGAACAGUAAACACCCAAUGAGAAGAGAGGGUACCCGUUAUGCAGAUCCUCUAUUCGGCAUGGCAGCAUCAUGUUCCACUCCCAAGAACAGCAGCCGACCCAUUGACAGUGAAGCCCUGAGAUGGAUCAACAAGAGAGUCACAAUCCACAUGCAUUCUCCACGUCAAGAAAUGUCAAAGCAGCAGCAAGGGAAGUUGAUCAUCCUCCCUGAUUCACUACAAGAACUCCUCAUGAUUGGCAAGCAAAAGUUUGUGGGUCACAACCCCACAUUAGUGGUCAAUGAAGAGAAUGCAGAAAUUGAUGACAUUGGCGUGGUCCGAGAUGGGGAUCAUCUGUUUCUUAUUGAAGAGAAGUUCAAAAUAUGUAGCAAUGUGGGCUAAUUGAUCUCAAGAGGCUUUCAUACACACUGCUGGGUGUUCAUGCGUCUGGAAAAAUUGUAAGAUACAAAGUAAAGGGAAAAAAAUCGUGGCUUAUUACUAAAUAUCACACUGUAACCAUCAAUCGUUCCCAAAACAAUAUAUAUCUCAAAAAGAAAAUUUUCUUUUCCUUGCU